AGCAGAUCAUGGACGUCGUCUUGAGAUUGUGCAUCGUUUUCAUAGUGGCUGAACAGAUUAUUUGCCUUCCGCAAAACAAGUAUCACAUUUCGACGUACACGAGCAAUUGGUUCGAAGCGGUAGAAUACUGCCAUCGGCUAGGCAUGCGACUGGCCGUCGUGGAUUCAAGCGAAAAACACGAUGCCAUCGUAAAGGCAGCUUCGGCAACGGGACUUCAGUCGACCGGAUUUUUCGGUCUCUGGUUGGGUGCAAGUGAUCUGGCCCGUAGUAAAUCAUUCGUUUGGCACGAUACCGGAGACCGGGUAACCUUCGCGAAGUGGAAGGAGGGCGAACCGAACGGUCAGAACGAGCGCUGCGUGAAUCUUUAUCACUGGCCGCUUCAAGGUUUCGAGUGGACCUGGAACAAUGCUCCGUGCGACACCAGUUUGUAUGCUAUCUGCGAAAACAGAAUCCAGUGCGCCGUUGAGCAAUUUUAGGUGGCAGAGCAUGACAUCUUCGCUUAGCUAAUGCGGAGAAUAUUUGAUGUCGGGUGUGAGUAAGAAGGAAAGAUGCUCCUUGCUCUCCAUAUGUCUAUGUCUGUCUCUUAUUUUUAAUGUGCUAAAACGUCUCGAUUUUUUUAGUGUGAGACAAACGUGAAACUUAUCGAAUAAUGAAUGGAACAGAAAGUAAACGAAGGGAGAUUCCCCAAGUUAAAUAUGUUUCUUCCAGAAAUGUUGAAUCUCAGUAGCUAAUGACAAGUGAACAUCAAUUAAACGUUUAUAAUAUACUUAAUUUAUUAUUGUUUUUAAAUAAAAG